CAUCCAAAUUUUGUUUCUCUUUCCUCAUUCAUCACAUUGAUGAGACACAUUUUUAAAUUUCUGACGUAACAUAAAGUUCAUUCUUCCAUUGUUAUCCCUAAUCUCUAAUCUCUAUUAACCUUAAUUUGUAGCUAAAUCUACAUGAUAGUUACAACAUCCAAACUUUAUAAAGACAAAUCACCAUCAUUGUAUUGUAUAUGUCAAACAUGUCUCUAUUUAUUUCUGUCAUUUUCAUACCAGAAACGUAACACCUUCCUUCCUCACUGUCGGUUGAGUUUAGAAUUUUCUUUUUAAUUAGUUGCAGUUAAACAAGUCACUAUCGAAUGAUUAAAUAAUUAACUAUGUUCCAAGGCCUUGUUCUUUGAUUAAGCUGCUGAAAAAUCAUUUCUGCUCUUUUUGUUAUUGCUGGCUCAGUUUUACAGUGGUAACAUAUAUUCAUAUAAAUGUAGACACAGUUAACCGCUCCCUACAGUACGACUCCACUCACACCUCGCCCUCUUUUGUACCUUAAACAAUGCGAGUACGGCCACUGAGCGCUUGUGUUAAGAUAGAUUCAUUUCAGUGGCUAAUGUUUUCACAGCAACACAGGUAAAUAACACUGGUCCUGUUUGAUAAAAACAAAACUGGCCGUGUGCCUGCCGACACAACGCAACAAUCGGCCUGUUACGAAUAUUGUCUUAGAAACUGUACGUUUUCAAUCAAAGCUAUAUGUUUUGUGUGUAGAGCCAAAGUCUCACAUAUUUUAUGUCAAGGGACUUCAGUCAGUAAAUGGCCAUGUCCUUAUGUAGAAGAGAGACGCCCAACAGUUUAUCCAGAUGACAAGCAGUAAAGAGAAAAUAGCAGUGAAGUAGGAAGAAAUGGUAUGAGCUUGUCAAACAAAGUCUUCGUGAGGAAGAGAAGAUUGCAUCUUCUCAUCUUUCUAGGAAUGUCAAGAUUUGCUAUUGCGGAAACCGAUCCUUUAGACUGACUGUGAUUGAGUAAUAAUAGGACGAGUCUCUAUAUAUUGCUACAGAAGGAGUGUUGUGUGGAACUUCUCAGAAAUUGGAGCUUCACCCCGGGUGACACUGUCUCAGUACAAAAGUAAACACCGCUGUAACACGUCUACAGACAGAGGUUAAAAAACGACGUCUGUAAAUCAGACACAGCUGCAAGAAAUACUGUGUUAGGGAGGUGUCCCAAAGACAAGAAUACAAAUUAUUGUAAAAUUAAUGAUAAAUAAAGCAAUGAAUAGAAAAGGGAAAUCCUUAUGUUCUCAGGCAAUUUAAAAUUUUAGGGCACAUACAAAAAGUUCCAAGAGAUAAAAUACCAGGAGGUUGCACUAUUUUUUAUAUACUUUCCAAAGAGGUCAAAGGUGUUUCCAUCAAAAGGUCGCACCCUUUACAACUCACUUUAAAGGAAAAGACCACUGAGAGCCACUGCUGGACAUGUGAUCAAGUCUGUAUCACUUCAAGCAAAAUCACAGCCUUUGAGCCAAUUUUAUCAGGCCGGGGUUAAGCAAGAGAGCAACCUUCAAAGCUCCUUUACUAAGUUGCAUGGCUGCCUUUAUCUGUGCUCCACUUGUGAUAGUGAGAUACCUUAAGGUGCUGCUGCUGCCCUGCUAGCUCGCUGUCAGCAGACAUCUCCAAACACAUGCACAUCUGAGUCGAGCUAGCGUUACAGAUGAAACUGGACAAAAAAAAAAAAAAAAAAUGACAAAUGCAAAAUGAUUGUGGCACUAAUUAAAUUGUGAAUUAAAAACUAUGUAACUGAACCUUUACUUCUCUGACACAGUAGUGAAACUACAAUUACAUAAUAGCAGUACAAAUUCCCAUCAUCAUCAUCACGAUCCAUACCAUAAUAAACAUGAGCAUGGUUGUUUAGGCGACCACCCCAUGGGCGGGCUUCGUCUCAUGCUCAGCCCACGGAGUCACUCUGAAGGCCAAACAUUUUGACCUCUGACCCCCUGGGAGGUUUGGUUUACAGCUGGUGUUAACAGUGCUGAGCGCCUGCUGAGAACCUGCUCAUUUGAUCCAGGAGGCAGAAGGUGUAGUGUAGUUUUACAGCCACCAUUAUUCAGGAGAUAAUCACAGAAAAAAAAAGUACAUUUACAGUCCUAUGGACCACAGAGACAUUCGUUUGUCCCUCAUUUCCUUAAAUACAUGACGGUGAUUGAUCUAAAAAGAGCAUAAACAGACACAACAGCCGACUAUUGAACUAAUAAUUCCAAGUACAAUACACAUUUAAUCCAUGAUUAUUUUUCCACUAUAAUAAAGUGUGAAAGUUCCCUCUUUGUAUGUGGUAGAGACAGAUAGUACCUCUUUCAUCAGACAGACACCACAGUCCUGCUGGACUUCAGUCACCACACUGGUGUGGACUCCCACUAGGCCAGCUAUUCUACAGGGAAUGAAUGCAAUCAAUAGAAGAUCUAUUUUGUGCUGCUGUUCUCCACUGUAUUUACAAAGACCUCUACAGAUUCACUGUCCCUAGAUAUGGUGACAAACAUCAUCUAUAUAUACUGUAUAUAUACAUAAUCCCAUCUGCAGACAGUACCAGUCUGCAGUAUGUAAACUAAUGCAUUAUAAUAAUAUAUAUCACAUGAUCUCUACUCUAACUCUACUAAAUAAAAACAAACAUUUUUUCUACAUUACUCAGACAAAUAGAAGAAGAGUAGCAUGGCAGCCGAGUUGAUGGAGUUUUGGAUUUUUUUAGCUUUUUGGGCCUUCAAAAUAAAAGACUUGGCGAUACACAAAUCACAUGUUGGCUAUGGAUCUUGAGGUAAAGCAUUAAGACCCACUGCUUGAAUGAAAUCAUUAGACAGGCACUUAAUUUUCAUGGAGGUGGGGGGGGUGGUGAGGUGAGGGGGGGGGCUGCUCACAACAUCAAAGAUUAAAAUGCGUUUAAUUAACUUGUUAUAAAAAUGCACUCGUAAAUGUAGUCAGUAAGUCGGGCAGAAAUCAAUCCCAGUCAGUCAGCCACACACACACACGUUGGAUCUCACUGUGUGUGAUUAAUCAGAAUACUACUACAUUAGUACAUUUAUUAAUAAAGAAGCUAGCUCGACCAUAGUAUUGACUUUAUUAGCAAUAUAUCCAUAAAUUUGUCUUUGUUGGCUGCCAGGUCCACGACAGCCAAAACACAAAUCACAUGGUUCUUGUUCUUGCCAGAACCCGCACAGAUCUUUCCAUGUGCUGCAUCCACAACACUAUAAAACAGAGCAUAAGCUGCUCUGACUUUAUUUAUUCUGUUUUUGUCUUUCCAACACUUUAGUUCACCACGUAAUCCCAUAAUAUCUCUUUCAAACAGUUGCACGCUUGGCCCAAGUGUUACUGUGCUCUUAUUAUAGGCCACUGGCACAAAUGUGUUCCAUAUGAAAAACCAUCCAAAUGUACUGUAUGAAGGGGCAUCAUUAUAGAUUCUGUGAAUGCACAGAAGGGUGUUUAUGCAAAAUCACCGGUUUGGGUUCAAAUGAAUAUGUAAACAAGGGUUUUUGUCAGGCCUGUCUGCCCUGCUGCACUUCUGUGAGUCUACACUGGGGUAAUCAGUUUCAUCACGAUCACCUGUGUCCUGUGAUUCCCAGUGAGUCUGUCAGACUCCUCUCACCCAGUGUUUACACCUUUCUCCUCACUGCCACUGUUUGUGUCAGACUCACUUUCUGUUGGGUUAACUGACAGAUUAAGGUGGACUGAGUCACUUAACUUCUGCAUCGGAACUCUGUGUGCUGAGAACUGCAUCUGGGCCCUGACUGCUGAACUUGAACCUCCUGCACGUGACAGUGGGAAGAAGCUAGAGGACAUGACGACCUUCUGUUACCACUGGGACUGGAACCAGUGACCUUUUUGCUGUAAAGAGGGAGCCAGCGUUCAGCACUUUAACGUUCAGUGAGCAGGUGGGUUUGGUUCCAGUGAGAUGCCUUGGUCUCGUCCUCCUAUUACUGCAGCACAGACACGAUUAGGGACCAGCAGAAGUGAACCCUCAGUCACUACAUGAUAGUAUCGCUCUGCUCUUCAGCUCCACCUCCACUGGGAACAAUCCCGCAACAUCUACAGCCAGUCAAGAGAGGUGACAGCUCCACUCUCUCCCCCUCUGUGCCUCUGUCUCUCUCUUCCUCUUCCUCUCCCAUCACCAAACUCUGACAGCCAUGGUUCAGGGAGGGCCUCAGCUAAGGCUCAGAUCCAGGAUCAACACACCGCUCCAUGGCUAGACCUCGCCACGCAAAGAGCCGGGGGCCUUUCUGCUGAACAUCCCUAACUGCAUAGUAGCACAUGGAUUUCAAGACUUCAAAUGAAGAGACAAAGACUGGGAUUUAUUUGAUGCAAGAAGGUAAUGAGGAGCCGUUUAAUAUUCGACUACACCUGGCCAAAGAUAUUCUGACCAUUCAAGAACAAGAUGUCAUCUGUGUGUCGGGAGAACCUUUCUAUUCCAGCGAGAGGACUGUAACGAUCCGGAGGCAGACGAUCGGAGGGUUCGGUCUGAGCAUCAAGGGUGGAGCAGAACAUAAAAUCCCCGUUGUCAUUUCAAAGAUAUCGAAGGAACAAAAAGCUGAACUCUCUGGACUGCUUUUUAUUGGAGAUGGAAUCCUUCAGAUAAAUGGAAUCAACGUUAGGAGCUAUCGCCAUGAGGAAGUGGUGCAGGUCCUGAGAAAUGCUGGAGAGGAAGUUACUCUAACCGUGUCCUUCUUAAAGAAGACUCCAGCGUUUUUGAAAUUGCCACUGUGUGAGGACUGCACAUGCAUUCCAAGCGACCAGAGUAGUGGGACGUCCUCUCCUCUGUGUGACAGUGGCCUGCACCUGAACUACCAUCCCAACAACACGGACACGUUGUCCUGUUCGUCCUGGCCGACAUCCCCUGGGCUUCGCUGGGAAAAGAGAUGGGUGGACCUGCGCCUUAUUCCCCUGCUCCACUCACGCCUGUCACAGUACAUGCCGGGAUCUGAUGUUUGCAGGAAAAGUGCUUUCCAGGUAAUUGCAGUCGACGGCGUGUGCAGUGGAGUUAUACAGUUUUCCACAGCGGAGGACUGUUUGGACUGGCUUCAGGCGAUUGUGAGCAACAUUUCCAGUCUCACCAAGCACAAUGUGAAGAAGAUUAACAGGAAUUUCCCAGUCAACCAGCAGAUUGUCUACAUGGGCUGGGCUGACGAGAAGGAGCAGGACUCCCUCCACGACCAGAUGUACUCACCAAAGUUCCUCGCUUUGAGGGGUUCCUCAUUGUUCAAGUUCUCCGCCCCUCCGGUGACGACGUGGGACUGGACCAGAGCGGAGAAGAGCUUUACAGUGUAUGAGAUUAUGUGCAAGAUUUUGAAGGACAAUGACCUUCUGGACAAGAGGAAGCACUGCUUCAGCGUCCAGACGGAGACAGGGGAGGACAUGUUCUUCAGUGUGGAGCUGGAAUGUGAGCUGCUGAUCUGGGAAAAAGCCUUUCAGAUGGCCACCUUCCUGGAGGUGGAGAGAAUCCAGAGUAAAACAUAUGCCUGCAUCAUGGACAGCCACCUCAUGGGUCUGACCAUCGACUUCAGUAUGGGCUUCGUGUGCUUUGAUGCAGCCUCAAAGGCCGUGCUGUGGAGAUACAAGUUCUCUCAACUCAAAGGAUCAUCAGAUGACGGAAAAAGCAAGAUCAAGUUUUUAUUCCAAAAUCAAGACUCCAAGUCCAUCGAAGCAAAGGAGCUGGAGUUCUCCAACCUCUUUGCCGUGCUUCACUGUAUCCACGCCUUUUUCGCUGCCAAGGUUGCUUGUCUGGACCCGAUGUUUGUAGAGAAUCAAGGCUCCACAGCUAACACCGGGAUUCCUUCACUGUCCAGUAUUUCGUGUCACUCACAGACAUCCAAACUCAAAUACACCACCUGACAGGCACUGACUUCUGACUGCUCAGGAAAAAGGCACUGAACUAAACCAUGCUUCAAACACAUGGGCUGCAGACAUGGGAAAAAAAACUGAGAUUGUCACACUGACACACUCAUUGUCUUUGAAAAAUCAAACAUCGGGGAAGAAAAGAAUGUAGACUUAAACCCAAUCGUCUAUUUUGGAUACAUUCACAGAAAAACUACGUGGGGAUUU